CUUCCACCGGGGGCACACGACAGCAGCAACACUUCCGCAAACUGUAAUUUUAUACAUUUGACAUCUAAAAUGGGCCUUCGGAGCGCCACCUCAUUCUCUCAUCACAUGCAACGGCCGCUCAUCGAUGACUCGUACAUUUUGUAGCGCAAGGGUUGGUUACAGAUAGUAGUGAACCAAGGCUUGUUGUGUGUGGACAUUAGCUAGCCAGCCAGCUAACGGUAGCUAGCUAGGUUGCUAACAUAUUGUGGAAUUGAAGACGCUUUUCAAGAACAGAUUUUCGACACACGAUUGCCCCACUUGACAGUAGCUAGAAUAUCUACGAGGAACUGGACAAUAUAUAAAUCUGCUAGCUACGCUUACGGCGUUGGCUCGCUUCUCUUUGCUAAGAUUUAGCUAGUUAGUUAGCUAACAAGAAAGGAUAUUCCUGUGACUUAGUCAACAUUAAUCAUCUACCUAGCCAGAUUUAUUUUAAGAUUCCUAGUAAUCGGUGCCAUAUUAUCUAACGUUACACGUCUUGGUGUUGAGCCUUUUUGGUACAAUUUGUUGAUUUUUUUUAUCAAGGAACCAAAUCAAAACCAACGCUAGCUAGCCAACGUUGGUGAAACAAUCACGACGCGAGACCGGGUAACUGAUUUCCUAGAUAACGUUAAGAUAAAUAGCUAGCCAGCUAACGUUAGUUAACGUAACUGUCUAAAAAGCAAGAAAGGAAAUACGCUAUAGUUGUCCAAAAUUGGGGUCUAGAUAUUUUUUAUCCUGGUUGCUGAGGGACACCGAUAAAUCCAUUGACAUGAUGUUUCCACAAUCAAGACACUCGGUAAGUAGCUAACGUUAGCAUAACUAGCUAGAUGAUAGCUAUAUUCUAGCUAGUUACAGUAGCAAUUCAGCGUUAUCAAUGUAAGAAUAAAGGGGGAUAUCUACGAUGGGCAUAGUUGUGGUAUGUUUUCAUUUGUGUUGAUGGAUUCAAUCUAUUGUCUGUCACGCGCCCCCGGCAUUUGUUUACAUUCCAGGCUAGGUCCUACCUUAGCUAGCUAGCCAAGAUUACUAACGUUAGCUACAGUAGUUUUCAUUAUGAUCUUUACAAAUGGAUGUUUACCUUUAUUAGCUAGUCUAUAAUACUAUACUAAACGUUUGCAACUCAUUAGUAAUGUGACAUACUGGAACAGGGAUAUCUCAGCUAGCUAGGUAAAGUGGCAUGUGCUAACAAAACGUAGCCUAGCCAACGUUAGCUAGCUACUGGUAGCAAGCUCGCUAGAUUGUAGAAACCUAACACUUCUUAAGGGCAUGUGGGAUUAAGUCAGUUAAUUCAUACAAUCCAUGAUUAAAAGUUAUCCAUUGAAUCCUCAAUCAAGGAUUUGUCUUCAAUGUAAUCAAGGAUCCAAAUCAAAGUCCCAAGGACUUCCAGCAACUAUGCCAUGUGGGAUCACAACAGAAGUGGAUGUAAUAUACAGUAAAAUUUGCCAUUUAGCAGAGUAUUUUAUCCAAAGCAACUUAUUCAUGCGCACAUUUUAUGUGUGUGGCCCAGGGAAUUGCAUCUACAACCCUGGCGAUGCAAGCACCACGCUCUACCAAUUGAGCCAUACAGGAUUUUGGAGCUAUAUAACUUAGGCCUAAAGGUUUUUAAAUUAAUACUGGUACGCUAAUGAUGAUAGUGGGUGGGAAAUAAUGUAGAAUGUACCCGAUUUGUUAUGGUUGAGCCUAUUUCGGUGCCUCUUCUUUCUCUUUGGCGUCCUACAGCCCCCUAGGCUGGGAUCCUAGUUCACACUAUCAGGGUUUGACCCUGCAUAAACUUGUCCUCUCUCAAUUCCAGGGAUGACCAGCCCCUCCUGGAGAGCUGUGUGUGCUACUGGGUGUGCAGGCUUUUGCUCCAGCCCUACUAAUCACCUCAUCAGGACCUUGAUUAGCUAAACCAAGUGUGUUUGUGUAGGGGCUGGAGCAAAAGCAUUCACAGCCAGUAAGUCUCCAGGAUGGUAGUUGUAGAUCCCUGGUGUAAUUUGGGUGGUGGCCUCCUUCCACCAGUCUGGAGUAGUAAAGCCUUGAUGAGAAGAUUAACACUGGAUUAUGGCUCUGACUCAGCCUGGGGUCAUUCUAGUCAGUUGGUCACCUCUGGAAACUCUCAUCUAACCCUGACCAUACUCACAGACACACACAUCCUCUCAUCCUGUGCUGUAAAAGCCCAGAAAAACCCCUGCUAUAACGUUAAUCUCAGAGCUCAAUCCCUCUGUUACUAAACAAACAAUACCACCCCCAUCUGUCUCAUACACACAGUCACAAACCGUGCCCGCCUCCUUUCUAUCACACACACACACACAGAUGUACGUCCCUUCUGAUAAACAUACAGUCCCACAUACAGGGGGAGUGAAGAAAUGCACAUACAGAAGGGUAGGGAAUUGAAACGCAGCUUCUCGCUGUUGAUUGUCUGACUGUUUGUUGUUGUUGUCUUGGGGAUUCUGACUUUUGCAUUUGUUAUUGUUGUGUUGUCCCCCAGGCUUCCUCCCAGUCCUCCCAGCCUCUCAAGUUCACCACCUCCGACUCCUGCGACCGCAUCAAGGACGAGUUUCAGUUCCUACAAGCACAAUACCAUAGGUAACACUGAAACACACACGCUCAAAAUACCCACCUACACAUACCCACAAACACUCACGUCACUUACACUGUAUGCACUCAGAUUCCAACAUGCACACACUCAUAUAUGCACACAAACACAGACAUGUCCCUAACCAAAUGUUGUCUCCUAUCGAAUCAGCUUGAAGAUGGAGUGUGACAAGCUAGCUAGUGAGAAGUCAGAGAUGCAGCGUCAUUACAUCAUGGUGAGUGACCUCUUCUUUUACUUUUAGCCUACCUAGGAUACACCUUGGCUAUCGCUCCAAUUCUCUCAGAUAUACACAUGUGCAUUGAGGGCAUUUGGAAUUCUGCAGUAGGUUAAAGUAUUACGUCACAAACCCCCCAAUCUUCUUUUUGCAGUACUACGAGAUGUCUUAUGGGCUGAACAUCGAAAUGCACAAACAGGUCAAUUAUUUUCUCUCAUUCUCUCCCUCUGUUUUAGCCCUCCUCUCUCUUUCCCCUUCCUCUCUCCCCCUCAUCCCCCCCCCCUCUUUCUUUAUCUCUCCCUCUCUCUUUUCCCCUCCUCUCUCUCCUGGACUGUGUCGUAUGGUAAAGCCAGUGUUGUAUUCUGACCAUAGAGAUAGUUAGAGUGCGCAACAUUGUAUCCUUCCCAUUAUGGCGUCUGUGAGAGCAUUGGCACCAUUGAGGCCAUCUCCAUUUUGAAGUAGUACAUUUUCUUUUACUACUACUUCUGAGCUGGUUAACAAACUGAAAGGGUGCAUACGGCCACAUAGAAUGUGUUGUUUGAACGGGUAUAAAGCCAAGGUUGGCGAUUUACUGCCACCUGCAGUAAUGAAACGUUUCCUCACAAGUAUAAUUAAUUGGCUGAUCCCUCCUGAUGACCUGGAUGGAAUUAUGUGAUCCUUCCUUAACCCAUAGGAAGUCCCACCCAGCUGACUACUUCAUAAUGGUGAGAGUCCUCAAUGGCGCUGGCCAUGCUAAAACGGCCUUUGGGCACUAGAAUCCUCUCUCUAUGAUUCUGACUGUCGGUCUGUCUCUUCUUCUCCCCAGGCUGAGAUCGUGAAGAGACUAAACGGGAUCUGUGCUCAGGUGCUCCCCUACCUAUCUCAAGAGGUAUUACACCCUCCUCACUACACUAUUUUCCUAGGAUAACAUAAUCUCAUAUCAACAUGCUGUACAAUGUCAAUCUAUUUCAUUCUGUACAAUAGCUAAAUGUGUUUAGGGAUGUAGCUCAGUUGGUAAAGCAUGGCGUUUGCAACGCCAGGGUUGUGGGUUCGAUUCCCACGGGGGGCCAGUAUGAAAUAAAAAUGUUUUUAUGUAAGUCGCUCUGGAUAAGAGCGUCUGCUAAAAAUUGACUUUAAAAAAAAAGAAGCCUUACUCCUGCUCUGACUGUGUAAAAUGCUUCACAACAUCAACUGAGCUAAAACUUCAUCAGAGAACACACACAGGAGAGAAGCCUUACUCCUGCUCUGACUGUGGGGCAAGUUUCUCUCAACUUGGCAACUUAAUCCUUCUACUCCCCCUGACCCCACCCGAAAAAUUUAAAAAUAAAAUAUUGUAAAGUGGUUGUCCCACUGGCUAUCAUAAGGUGAAUGCACCAACUUGUAAGUCACUCUGGAUAAGAGCGUCUGCUAAAUGAUGAAAAUGUAAAAUGUGUUUGGAUGUGUGUGUGUUGCAGCACCAGCAGCAGGUCCUAGGGGCCAUAGAGAGAGCCAAGCAGGUCACUCCUCCUGAGAUGAACUCUAUCAUACGGGUAGGCUGGUGUGUCUAUUGACCGUGUGUGUGAACCGUGUGUAUGAAUAUGUGUAUAGGCCUCCUGUAGCUCAGUUGGUAGAGCAUGGCGCUUGCAAUGCCAGGGUUGUGGGUUCGAUUCCCACGGGGGGCCAGUAUGAAAAAUGUAUACACUCACUAACUAAGUUGCUCUGGAUAAGAGCGUCUGCUAAAUGACUAAAAUGUAUAUAACCAUGUAUAUCUGUGUGUGCGUUUAGCAGCAGCUCCAGGUGCACCAGUUGUCUCAGCUUCAGGGCUUGGGCCUCCCAACGAUGGCCCCUCUCCCCAUGGGUCUGUCUGCUCCUAGCCUCCCUCCAACUUCCAGCGCCGGACUGAUGUCCCUGUCCUCCAUCCUGGCCUCGCACUCCCACUCACAGGCAGCACAUGCACAGGUAACACACACACACACACACCUGACCCAGGUGGCACACACACCUCACACGGGUAACACACACACCUCACAUGGGUAACACACACACCUCACAUGGGUAACACACACACCUCACAUGGGUAACACACACACCUCACACGGGUAACACACACACCUCACACGGGUAACACACACCUCACACGGGUAACACACACCUCACAUGGGUAACACACACACCUCACAUGGGUAACACACACACCUCACAUGGGUAACACACACACCUCACAUGGGUAACACACACACCUCACAUGGGUAACACACACACACCUCACAUGGGUAACACACACACACCUCACAUGGGUAACACACACACACCUCACAUGGGUAACACACACACACCUCACAUGGGUAACACACACACACCUCACAUGGGUAACACACACACACCUCACAUGGGUAACACACACACCUCACAUGGGUAACACACACACCUCACAUGGGUAACACACACACCUCACAUGGGUAACACACACACCUCACAUGGGUAACACACACACCUCACAUGGGUAACACACACACACCUCACAUGGGUAACACACACACACCUCACAUGGGUAACACACACACCUCACAUGGGUAACACACACACCUCACAUGGGUAACACACACACCUCACAUGGGUAACACACACCUCACACGGGUAACACACACCUCACACAGGCAACACACUCCUCCAGGGCUCUACAGUGUGACCAUUUCACUCGCAUAUGUGACUAAAAAUAAAUGUGCGCGAACGGCAAAAAUGAAGUAUCCGUGCGAGUGGCGAUUUCUACCCUCAAAACCAAUACUGUCGUUUUGUUUCGUGGUUGGUAAUCGCACAAAGAACUACGAAUACCAUAAUGCAACACACAGCACAAUUAGCUAAUCGUAGCUUAAUGUAGUCAGUAGGCUGGAAACGCAAGGCUUUGAAUAGCUACCAUGAGAGGAUCUGCAUUGGCUUCUUUCAGGAGAAGGAUGAAGAGGAUCACCAUUUAUUUUAAAGCUGCACUAUGCAGAAAUCGCUCAACCUGGUUGCAAACAUUUUAAUUGUUUGCCUCAUUUCAGUUUGUGACAAAACAAGCAAGUAUAGUGUAGAGAAUCAUCGUACAAUCUAAACCGCUGUGAAAUAUUUUUCAUAACCAGAAAUAUUAUAUUUUCAGCAGUUUUGAAGCUGGUGUACAAAACCGAAAGUAAAAGAUGCAAAAAACUAAACUUAAGAACGGGAAGCAUAGAAAUAGGGUACAUAGAACAGAUCUACCACUUCUUAGACUUGAUUUCAAUGAGAAUGUCAGAUCUAUAACUCACAUUUCUAUGUGAUUUUGGUCGGGUCGCCCCAAAAGUUACAUAUUGCAGCUUUAAGCGACAAGCUCAACAACAGGAGCCCGAUGAGUCUGCCAGUGAUACUGAUGUUGACGUGGAUGUGGCUGAGCCCAUGGUCGUCGAGCCACCAGCAACACAAGAAGACCAAGCUAGCACUAGUAGUGACGUUAGCACCGAUGUUGCUCUGCUAACCAGUGCCACUGCCAGCUGGAAGCAUACAAGUACAGCGAACAGUGGGAAAAAGCUUUCCCGUGGUUGGAGUUUGAAGGUGAAUCAAAGCUUAUGUUUAGCAAGUAUUGUAAAUUGGUUGAUGAUGUCAUUGGAAACCCUUAUCUUCCUCUCUCUUUUUCUACCAUUUACAUUUACGUCAUUUAGCAGACGCUCUUAUCCAGAGCGACUUACAAAUUGGUACAUUCAACUACCAAACAUAGAAAUGCGCUAUUUUCACAUGUUGGUAUAGUGCUGGAGAUGAUGAAUAUGAAGUUGAAAUAUUGUGAAGUGGAAAGACACUGUUAAACACAACACGUCAAAAAGCACAUCUCAUCAAGACCAACAAUACUCGGGGCGCUUCAAUCGGCUGUGAGGAGGCAGGUGAAUAUUUCAGAAGAAGAGAUAAGAAUUAAAAUGUAAAUUCAAUAUAUUGUCCAUGAGUAAUUCUUGUGGUUCCAUGAUGAUGAGGUCAUUGUGCCAGCCCUAGAGACAUCCCACCACUACCUCCACUACUUUUCAUUGGACGCCUACAUUUUCUAUUUAGGCCCACGUGUUUUCUUUGUAUAAAAUGGCAGCGUAGAGCCCUGACCUCCCACACUGAACACACCCCUACAGGUAACAUACACACACCCCUACAGGUAACAUACACACACCCCUACAGGUAACAUACACACACCCCUACAGGUAACAUACACACACCCCUACAGGUAACAUACACACACCUCUACAGGUAACAUACACACACCCCUACAGGUAACAUACACACACCCCUACAGGUAACAUACACACACCUCUACAGGUAACAUACACACACCCCUACAGGUAACAUACACACACCUCUACAGGUAACAUACACACACCUCUACAGGUAACAUACACACACCCCUACAGGUAACAUACACACACCCCUACAGGUAACAUACACACACCCCUACAGGUAACAUACACACACCCCUACAGGUAACAUACACACACCCCUACAGGUAACAUACACACACCCCUACAGGUAACAUACACACACCUCUACAGGUAACAUACACACACCCCUACAGGUAACAUACACACACCCCUACAGGUAACAUAGACACACCUCUACAGGUAACAUACACACACCUCUACAGGUAACAUACACACACCCCUACAGGUAACAUACACACACCCCUACAGGUAACAUACACACACCCCUACAGGUAACAUACACACACCUCCUACAGGUAACAUACACACACCUCCUACAGGUAACAUACACACACCCCUACAGGUAACAUACACACACCUCCUACAGGUAACAUACACACACCCCUACAGGUAACAUACACACACCUCUACAGGUAACAUACACACACCUCUACAGGUAACAUACACACACCUCCUACAGGUAACAUACACACACCCCUACAGGUAACAUACACACACCUCCUACAGGUAACAUACACACACCUCCUACAGGUAACAUACACACACCCCUACAGGUAACAUACACACACCCUACAGGUAACAUACACACACCCCUACAGGUAACAUACACACACCCCUACAGGUAACAUACACACACCCCUACAGGUAACAUACACACACCCCUACAGGUAACAUACACACACCCCUACAGGUAAAAUACACACACCCCUACAGGUAAAAUACACACACCCCUACAGGUAAAAUACACACACCCCUACAGGUAAAAUACACACACCCCUACAGGUAAAAUACACACACCCCUACAGGUAACAUACACACACCUCUACAGGUAACAUACACACACCUCUACAGGUAACAUACACACACCCCUACAGGUAACAUACACACACCUCUACAGGUAACAUACACACACCCCUACAGGUAACAUACACACACCUCUACAGGUAACAUACACACACCCCUACAGGUAACAUACACACACCUCUACAGGUAACAUACACACACCCCUACAGGUAACAUACACACACCUCUACAGGUAACAUACACAUACCCCUACCGGUAACAUACACACACCUCUACAGGUAACAUACACACACCUCUACAGGUAAUAAACACAAAUGACAGUUCACGACUCUCUUCCACUCCUUGUGUUUUGUUCUCUGGUCUCCUCCCCACUAGGCUCAGGCCCAGCUGGCUAAAGAAGACAAGGCCAGAGAUGCAGCAGAGAGAGAACAGAGGGAAGAGGACGGAGACAAGUCCGACUGAUGGAGGAGUGUGGAUGGGGAGGAGUGGAGAGAGGGGUGAGGGUGAGACAAGUUGGACUGAUGGACAACCAGGAGUGGAUCUACUGUGGGAGGGCUAAGGGGAGGGGAGGGGACUGAGGGUGGGUGAGAAGGUAGUUGAGUGUUGGUACAGUAGGUGUCACCCUGUGGUUCAGCUCUUUAGAGUAACUCUCUGGGCCUCCACUCCACUCCAUCGCUUUCUUUUCUUUCUUUUUAAUCUUUUCUUAUCAUCUAAUCAGUUUGUGUCACCAAGCCUGUUGGACAGGUCUCCCCUGUUUUGAUUCCUUCCUCUUUUUCUUUCCUCCUCUGUUCACUAUUGCCGCUGACAACCCAUUGCCAACAGAUACUACCCUGACCUUUAACCCAGAGAUGCGGACUCGAGUCACGUGACUUGGACAUUCUAUGACUUGAGACUUGACUUGGCAAAAAGAAACAAACACUUGCCACUCGACUUCGACUUCAGCAUCUAUGACUGGAGAUUUAACUUGGAUGAGCUGAAUGAGUCGAGAGACUCGAUUUGUCAUCUCCCUCACAAUGUAGGCCUAUCUGUCCUACAUAUCUGAGUGCUGCAGGUUCUUUGCGUUUUGUUCUGUCUUCACCAAUCAUUUUCACGGAAAUCACAGCUCUCGCAGGCCGGGCAAAAGCACGUUGUCUAGCAAAGCGCGCGGCGCUCUCCACUGUCCUGCGGUAUUUAUUUAGCAAACGUGAUAACACAUCACUCCUGACAAACACAAGCAAGAACUCUAGACAGAAAUGUUACAGCAGCCUACACCUAAACUUUAUAGGAAGAAAAUGAGAUGAUUUCUCAGUCUGAUCAACUAGGCUACUGAUAAUAGCUGCAGCCCACAGCUGCAUAGGCUACAACCAAUGUGCCCUGUCCCCUCUUGCCCUCUGGCCAGGGUAAACAAAGUGGUAAUGUUACAUAGCCUAUUUAUAGCCCAUUUAUUUGUGUUAGGAGAAAAUGUGAAUGUGAUCACAUUUGGUUUAGGCUAUAUUCAAACAUGGACUGGCUAGGCUACCUUGACCUUUUUCAAUCCAAAAUGAUUAAUUGAAAUUAAUCAAACAAUACUACUGAUAAAAUGGACUGUGUGAGUUACUUUUUAAUUAUAGUUGCAGAGGCCUACACGAUGCAAACCUGCAUAAAGCAAGCUCAGCCCAAUGAGUUCUAUUGUCCAAUUGCAGUGGUUGUCUGUGUAAAGGAAACCCCCCUGUUAGUCUAGUUUUUAAAUAUAAUUCAUAUGAACAAGUACAAGGAUUCUGCAGUUUGACUGGGUUUUCAUCCUCCCUAGGGCCAGGAGUCUUUUUAAAAUAAAACAAAAAACAUGUGGCCUGAUUAGAAAAUCUUGGGUCCCACUCCCAUCAUUGCCCAUAUAAAAACCUUUUUACAACUGAUGAAUCACUGUCAUACCCUAUAAAGUCCUGCUUUAUACCUGGUUAGGUUACCAGAUUAGGAAAAGGUCCAAGCCCCAGGGAAAACCAUUUACCCCUCCACUCUGGGAACUGUGGUGCCACCUCUGCAUCAGGGCAUCAUCUGGAUCAGUCCCAAAACUUGUUGCAUUCGGUUUCAAAGACUGUGGGAGUGGGGGGGGGGUGACAGUUUGUAAAACACUGCAAUUAAAUUAGCAUAAAACACUUAACCAUUGACUUGAGGACUCGAAACCCAAAAUUAGGGACUUGUGACUUGACUCGACCUGAGCUGUGGGAAUUGACUUGAGACUUGCCUGUUAUUUCUUGGGACUUGACUCAAGACUCUAAGCUUAAAACUUGAGACUUGCUUAGGACUUGCAAAAUUGUGACUUGGUCCCAUCUCAGCUCUAACCCUUUAACCCCUAACCUCUAUUCCUCUUCUCCUGGUAUAUGUUGCCCUUUGGCUCAGAUUUAAACGAUCAAAACCUUUGAUCAGUGUCUAGGGACACCUUCCUCUUCCUCCUAUAGGUCUCUGCUGAUUGGAUGCAGAGUUAG